AUAAGUACUGCCCCUAAUGCACGUACAUCCUGUUUUACGGAACGCAGUUCAUCUUCCAAGCACACCCACAGACGGAAUCUUACUGACUAAAACCACCGGACCUGCGUACCGUGAUAAAUGAAGAAGUAAAGCAGAGCUUCCCACACACAUACAUCAGAUGAAGAUGCUCGAUAGGGUGCUGUCAUCUCGGAGAGCCGGCGGAGCAGUGAACGAUGACGGCGAUGAUGGCAAUGGAGGAGACGAGUCCAAGACCCGUAAGCACAGCCACGUUCCUAUGCGGGUCAUCAACUCCCUGGCCCGAACCGGUCACGUAUGGCCCUGCCUCCUAAUCGCCCUCAUCUUCGUACUGAUCAUUUCGUUCAUCGUCCACACUCGAGAUUUGGUCUGCAUCUCCGCAUCCUCCUCCGAUCACACUUCCCGAUUGCGAUUCUUCGGAUUUGAUGGCCUCGAAACGGAUUUCGGAUCUCUCGGUGUCCCCUGGUGCAGAUCGAAACAUGGUAAAACUGUGGAAUGGACCACAAAAGAUUUACUUCAAGGUUUGGAGGAGUUUGUGCCAAUAUAUGAAACACGUCCUAUCAAGAACAACAUGUACGGGAUGGGAUUUGACCACAGUUUUGGUCUAUGGUUUAUGACCAGAUGGUUGAAGCCAGACUUGAUGAUUGAGAGUGGUGCUUUCAAGGGGCACUCAACCUGGGUUUUGAGACAAGCAAUGCCCGAUACACCAAUCAUUUCUCUUACACCUCGUCAUCCCGAGAAGUACCUCAGGAAGGGACCCGCAUAUGUUGAUGGAAAUUGCACAUACUUUGCUGGAAAAGACUUUGUUGACUUCGGAAGUGUUGAUUGGGGAAUAGUUCUUAAGAAACACGGAGUUGAAGAUAUUAGUCGUGUUAUUGUCUUUUUCGAUGACCAUCAGAAUGAAUUGAAAAGGUUAAAGCAAGCACUUAAAGCUGGAUUCAAACAUCUUGUAUUUGAGGACAACUAUGAUACUGGUACGGGAGAUCAUUAUUCUUUGAGGCAGAUAUGUGACCAAUUCUACAUAAAGGGUGGUGGCCACAGUUGCUUCUUGGACAGUGAUGAAGCUAGGACAAGAUCAAGACGGAAAAAGUUCUGGGAAAAGGCAGUUGAUAGUGAGGAACUUUGCGGGCCAGGGGAAGCGUGGUGGGGUGUUAGAGGAUAUAUGCGGGACGAUUUUAACCACAGCAAUAAAGCAAUAACCUAUGCCGACCAUUUUCAAAACAGCAGGUUUGUAGAAUCAGUACUCGAUUUAUAUUGGGAACUUCCUCCUGUAGCUGGCCCCUCCUUAACUCAUCAAAUGAGAUAUGAUCCUGCUCGUGUAUCAACUCCCAUUGUUGAAGAUGGCAGAUACGGAUUAUUCCAGAGACUCGGUUUAUCCAGACUUGAGACUUCUGUAUUUAAUGGAUACACACAAAUGGUGUACCUUCAGGUCUCUCCUCAACAAUCUUAGCUCCCUUGACCCCCCCCCCCUCCCCACCCCCCACUCCAAUUCUCCUCUCUUUGGAUGUACUAUCUGACACAGCUUAUUUCUGUCAAUAUUAAGUUGCACAAUUUGACACAUUUUUUUCUAGUUACUCAUUAUUAUGGGCUUAUGGAGACAUAUUCAAGAACAGAGCUAUUUGUACAUUACACCUUAAACUUUGAAAUGCGUGCACAACACUUGACGGUGCACCCAUUUUUUGAAGUUGGAACUACAUACAAGUCUUGACGGUGGGAAAUAAAGAAAAGAAUACUUGUCUU